AUGAGGAUAUCUCUGAGCCAGCAGUUUGCACAACGCACCCUCACGGCUGCUCUAUGUCAGUGGGUCUGUGGUGGAGCUCCAGCGGCUUGGUCGUGGGCCAAAGGCAGCAGCGGACUAAUGUGGGUUUCACCGGCAGCCACCGGCCUGAGGUUUAUUUAUCUGGGCAUGGAGGCCGGAUUCUUUGACUGCUUUAACAUCGACACAAAGAGACACAGGAUCAUCAAAGGCCCGAAACAAGCACAGUUCGGAUACACGGUCCAGCAACAUGUGGCAGCCGGGGGAGAAAAAUGGUUAUUAGUGGGAGCCCCGUAUGAAAUGAACGGUCCUUACCAGACAGGAGAUGUUUAUAAAUGUUCACUGAGCAAACGAACCAAUGGAAAUGGUUGCUCCAAGCUCAACUUAGGAAGGAUAUCUUUGACCAACGUAUCAGAGAGAAAGGACAAGAUGAGGCUGGGAAUGACGCUCGCAUCGAACCCGAAAGACAACAGCUUUGUGGCCUGUGGGCCGCUGUGGUCAUAUGAGUGUGGCAGCUCUUACUACAGCACUGGCAUAUGCUCCAGAGUCAAUGCGAGCUUUAAGUUCUCCAGAACGAUUGCGCCAGCCUUUCAGAGAUGUGAAACCUACAUGGACAUCGUGAUUGUUCUCGAUGGUUCGAACUCCAUCUACCCCUGGUAUGAAGUGCAGGCUUUUCUCAUCAACAUUCUUCAGAAGUUCUAUAUUGGACCUGGUCAAAUACAGGUUGGAGUCGUUCAGUACGGUGAGAAGGUGGUCCAUGAAUUCAAACUUAGCGACUACAAAUCAGUUGAAGAAGUGGUGAAAAGGGCGCGCAGCAUCAACCAGCGAGGUGGAGAGGAGACCAACACAGCUCUUGGCAUCAACAUUGCUCGCUCACAAGCUUUCAAGCACGGAGGUCGACGUGGAGCCAAGAAGGUGAUGAUAGUGAUAACCGAUGGAGAGUCACAUGACAGUGCCGAUCUCCAGCAGGCCAUCGAGGACAGUGAGAAGGAUGGCAUCACCCGUUAUGCCAUUGCCGUGCUUGGCUACUACAACCGUAGAGGAAUCAAUCCUGAGGCUUUCCUCAAUGAAAUCAAGUACAUUGCCAGUGACCCAGAUGACAAACACUUCUUUAAUGUGACAGACGAGUCGGCGCUGAAGGAUAUUGUGGAUGCACUUGGAGAGCGCAUCUUCAGUUUGGAAGGAACCAGUAAGAAUGGGACAGCGUUUGGUCUCCAGAUGUCUCAGGCUGGAUUUUCUGCGCACAACGUCGAGGAUGGGAUUCUGGUUGGUGCUGUCGGGGCUUACGACUGGAACGGAGCAGUGCUGAAGGAAACUCGGCAGGGGAAGGUGGUCCCUCCUAAGUCGUCCUACGCUGACGAGUUCCCCGAAGAGCUCAAGAACCACGGUGCCUACUUGGGUUACACUGUGACGUCUGUGGUGUCAGCCAGAAACGGUCGUCUGCUCGUAGCAGGAGCUCCACGAUUCAACCACACUGGCAAAGUCAUCAUCUUCACUCUCAAGAACUCAGGCAACCUCACCAUCCUGCACUCCCUCAAAGGCCAGCAGAUUGGCUCCUACUACGGCAGUGAGAUUGCACCUGUGGAUAUUGAUGGAGACGGUAUCACUGACAACCUUCUCGUGGCAGCACCGAUGUUCUUCAAUGCAGGCUUGGAGAAAGGGAAAGUCUACAUCUACAGAGUAACAGAGCUGAAUCGUUUUGUCCUUGAAGGAGCGUUGGAAAUCCAUAAUGGUGGCCAAAACGCUCGCUUUGGCUCAUCACUCGCUCCUGUCCCAGAUCUCAACGGCGACGGCUUUAACGACUUGGUGGUUGGAGCCCCAUUGGAAGACGACCACAAAGGAGCCAUUUACGUUUUCUUUAGCCAGCACAAUAGGAUCCUACGCAAAUAUAAACAGAGGAUAGCAGCAGCAGAUUUAGCUCCCGGCCUGCAGUACUUUGGCCGCAGUAUCCAUGGCACAAUGGACAUGAAUGAUGAUGGUUUAGUGGACCUGGCAGUAGGUUCCCUUGGUGCUGCAGUUCUACUUUGGUCACAGAGCGUUGUCCGGAUAUAUGCCACAGUCAGGUUUGAGCCCAGUAAGGUCAACAUCUUUGUGAAAGACUGUCAGAGAGCUGGCAAAGACGUGACCUGCAUGUCAGCCAUUGUAUGUUUCAACAUCACUGCCAGGACAGCCAUUCCUCCCACACAGGAAAUUGGGAUCAAGUAUAAUGUAUCAAUAGCGGAGAGACGCUUCAAUCCUCGGGCCGUACUGGACAACCCGAGCAAGCUGCAGCCUCAAAACCUGACGCUGCUUCCUGGAAAAGAGACCUGCGAACACAUCUUCUUCCAUGUCAUGGAGACCACGGACUAUGCAAGGCCCAUCGUGUUUGCUGUACAAGUGGGACUUCAAGAUCCAGACAACGAACCAGUUCUAGAUGAAAGCUGGCCGACAGUUGUGAGGACUGAGCUGCCCUUCUGGAACGGCUGCGAUGAGGACGACCGCUGCAUACCCGACCUGGCACUGCAGAGUAUGACCGACCUGAUGACUCGAAAUCAGUUCUGUGCACAUCCUGUACAGUCUCGUGGUGCUUUCUGUCGUCAUCAAAGUGAAGGCGGGGCGGAGGCAUCCCAGCGGGUUCUGGAGGGAAACAGGAGGAGGAUGGUGGUGGACGUCCGACUGGAGAACAAAGGAGAAAAUGCCUACAAUGCUCGCCUCAAUAUCACCUACACGCCCAACCUACGCUUCUCGAGCCUCAUAGUCAAGGACAACUCUGACAUCCAAAUCGAGUGUUACAUGGAGGACAAACUGAGGAAUGAGAAGAUCUGCAACGUCAGUGCACCAUUCAUGAGAGCCAAAACACAGGUUUUGUUUCGUCUGGAGUUCGAGUUCAGUCGUACUGUCUUCCUGGAACACCUCAGGGUUAUCCUUGAAGCCAUCAGCGAUGGCGAGGAAAUGAGCACAGCUGAUAAUUUCAACGAUAUCUAUUACUCCCUGAAAUACGAGGCAGACCUCCUCUUCACAAGGGAUUCAAAUCCAACUCGGUAUGACAUCAAAUCAGAGCUGUCGCUGGAGGAGCCCGGCGUCUUCGGUCCCCCUUUCAACUUCACUUUCCAGAUCCAGAACCUUGGAUACUUCCCAGUAAGGGAUCUGCAGCUGAACAUCGAGAUCCCAGAAAUGACAAAAAAUGGGAACCAGCUCCUGCAGAUAUCCGACUUCCACAUCGACCAGAGAGACGGUACUCGCUGUUUACCGCCCCAACAUGUGGCACAGAGCAGAUCAUCACCUGAAGACCUUUCACGCUUCUCCCGCUUGAACCGAUCCAACACGCUAACGCUGCCAAUCCAGUGCACAGUCAAUGUGGCUUCAAACAGAGAAAUUGCAGUUGGAAUCGCAGGAGCACUGAGGAUAGAUACCUUACACGCACUGAAGUUUAAAAUCCUGGAACUGGUAACCAGCGCAUCAGUGGAGCUGCCCUCCUCCAGCCCCAUGUUUUUACAUGAAGAGAGGCCUGUCAGACAUAUAAUAUUGGAGAUCAGGAAGGAGGGAGAUUACAGAAUCCCUACUUGGAUUAUCGUCGGCAGCACGCUGGGAGGACUCUUAUUGUUAGCCCUGCUCAGUCUCGCUCUGUGGAAGCUCGGUUUCUUCCGGAGGCAGAAGCGGAGAGACGAGGACGAGCGGGAGGCCAACGGAAAAGUGGCCGAGGAGCGGUAACGCAGGCUGAGGGCCCCCAGCAGACGCCUUUUCCACAGGGGACCCGACACUCAGGGACCAACCCACCUCCCCCCUGCUCCCCCAAACACCACAGUGGCACCACAUAGAUGCUCCGCAUGACCGCUGAAGCAAGGCUUAAUCAGUGCACUGGACCCGCCCCACGCCACGACCCCCUGACCCCCGAGAGUCAGCACUGUCACACUCACUUAGCAUUCCUGCACUGUUACGACGUCCGGGCCUUCUCUGUCCAUGUAUCCCACUGCCCUCGAUGUCGUCCCUUCACAGAUCUCGGAGCUCUCGUUGUCUUGGCUUCAGGCUGGAUCUCUGGUGCUUUCUCUGGCUGUUUGUAAAGAAGAAUAGAGCGAGCUUCGAUCGACCUGUUUUUAAGAAUUUCAGGCCACUAUUUGCAUUUGAGGCAAAUGUUCGCCAAUCACUCUUUUGUCUCUUCCUGAUGUGUAUUUAUUUAACUCUUAUGGUAAAUUUUGUAAUACGUGAAAAACCUCAAGGGUGACUUGCACACCCGAAAGCUACCGCAAGUGUAAAGUUAUUAUACUGUAUGUUGAAUUCGAUGUUGAAAAGAUUUUUUAUCUGCAACAUGUUCAGUCGACUUGCAUAAUAAUUUAUGAAGAAACAAAACUGAACUAAAGUCACAAGAGUACACAGAGGAUUCUCGAUGUCUUGCUGUUAAAGACUGCAGAGAAGAAUCUUCUAAAUAUGCAUCCACUCCUUUUAAUAUUUACAUCCUGGAAAACACACAGGGUGGCCUUUAAACAUUUGAUGCACUUUUUACUUUGUACAAAAUUAACUUGAAUUUUGUAAAUAGUCAAGUACUUUUUUUUAUACCCUUUUCAAUAUUAUAAUGGUUUUCACACAGUAUUUUUCCACGCGGUUUGUGCCGUUAGUUUGUAACUUAAGCAACAAAGCAAAUUAAACAAGUCGGCUUUGUGUUACUGUUAGAACAUGAGACGGUUGCAUGCCUUUCAACGUGCACUGCAUCAGAGCAAAGGGUGUGCAUAAAAUACUGCUGGCAAAUUUUCAAGGUUUGAAGUAACUUUAAAUGGAACUGUAACUAAAUGAUGAUCAGAUGCCAAGAACGUGAGUCCAGUGAAUGCAGAUUGCUCCUGGUGUUACCAAAGAAUGUCAGUUUGUCCUAUUUUGAUGAUGAAGAGCUGUAAUAUGCCUACAAAUAAAACAAUGUAUAUGUC